AUGUCAGGCGCCGACGCAACAGAUUCAGCGACCAACGCCCUCAAUAGCGAUGCGCGCCCGGCCUUCGUGACGCCCAGGGAUUUGCUCCGAGCUCCAUUACCACCGAAAGAACAAUCGCGCCAACUGUCGGCUAUAGAUCGCGAGCAGCUCGACGGCCUGAAAACCAUCAGAGCCUUCCUCAAGGCCAGAACCAGCUAUGACGUCCUACCCAUAAGCUAUCGCUUGAUUGUCUUCGACACAGCCCUGCUGGUUAAGAAGAGCCUGAACAUCCUCAAUCAGAAUGUUUCCGCGCCUCUAUGGGACUCCAAGUCGUCCACAUUCGCCGGACUGCUCACUACAUCCGACUACAUCAACGUCAUACAAUACUAUUGGCAGAACCCAGAUGCUUUGACAAAGGUCGACCAGUUCCGCCUAAAUAGCCUACGAGACAUCGAGAGAUCGCUGGGCGUCAAGCCCAUAGAAACCAUAUCGAUACACCCCGACCGUCCCGUCUACGAAGCAUGCCGCAAAAUGCUCGAAUCGCGCGCCCGGCGGAUACCCAUAGUCGACAGCGACGACGAAACACAUAGGACCAUGGUUGUUAGUGUCAUCACACAAUAUCGUAUAUUGAAGUUCAUUGCGGUAAAUGUAAAGGAGACGCAGAAGCUGCGGAAACCGCUUAGGGAGCUCAAUGUCGGUACAUAUGAAGAUCUUGCGACUGCUUCGAUGGACACACCCGUCAUGGACGUCAUUCAUAUGCUUGUAAAAAAAAGCAUAUCGAGCGUGCCCAUUCUAGACAAAGCAGGCACUGUCCUGAACGUUUUCGAGGCUGUCGAUGUCAUCGCGCUUAUCAAGGGCGGUGUAUACGAUGACCUAAACAUGACCGUUGGCGAUGCGCUAUUGAAGCGCUCAGAGGACUUCCCUGGUAUCUUUACAUGUUCGCUGAACGACAACAUGUCAACAAUAUACGACACAAUACGAAGGUCGCGUGUGCACCGCUUUGUUGUAAUCGACGAGAACAGCAAACUUAAAGGAGUUGUAACUCUGAGUGACGUUCUCGAACAUACACUACUGGAAGGCAUGGAGGAUGAGUAG